AGACCCAGUUUUCAGUAUCAUUGCCAAAGAUAUGCAUGAGAGGUUUGACAAGUACUGGAAGGAUUGCAACCUCGUGCUAUCUGUUGCUGUUGUGAUGGAUCCACGUUUUAAGAUGAAGCUUGUUGAGUUCAGUUACUCGAAGAUUUAUGGCGUCGAGGCUGCGAAGUAUGUUAAGGUGGUAAAUGAUUCAGUGCAUGAGCUUUUUAAGGACUGUAGCACAGCCACUCCCUGAGCAAGGAGCAACUAAUCAUGCAGCUGCCAAUGGGAAUAACACCCAUGCAAAUCAGCCUUCAACUGGUGAUGGUCUUCUAGACUUUGAUAUGUAUCUUUCUGAGAUUGCCACAAGCCAGCCCUCAAAAUCUGAACUAGAGCAGUACCUGGAUGAAUCACUCACUCCGCGUAUCCAAGAGUUUGACAUUCUGAACUGGUGGAAGCUUAACACACUCAAGUUCCCAACGCUCUCGAGGAUGGCACGUGAUAUCUUGGCAAUUCCAAUGUCCAUGGCGACCAAUGGCAGCUCCAUAUUUUCUGCAGGAACAGGAACCCGCAUGCUCGAUGAUUACAGAAGCUCGCUCCGGCCGGAAAUCGUGGAGGCGCUUGUCUGCGCGAAGGACUGGCUUCCGUAUUCGACCACUGCACCGGAGGCGCCGAGUUCUGGGCUGCUUGGCAAGAUGGAGUAGGCUCGCUUCCUUGCUGGGGCAUGCAUAUAUUUCAGGUACCUAUGGGCGGUCUUUAACUGUAGGUGUAUUUGGGCCAGAGUUUGUGAAGUGACUGAUCACUGUCAUUGGUUCUGUCCUAGAAUGCAAUUUGCUGUGUAGAACUCUGUUAACUCCUCCAUGCUGUUAUGUACCUUUUCAUGUGCCGUGUAACCUGUGUGUUGUAA